ACAAUGCUGUGGAGUAACGCUCUUGGAUCUGUAUAUGUUUUUUCUGAACUACAAAUACUCCAUCUUCACAAACAAUAUCAUUUCGCUUUAUAGGAUAGUUCUAUUUCGUCGUUUAAGAUGAAGUGGGGACUGUCAUGUCUGAAAACUGGAGCUACAGUUCCCUUAAAGGAAGUCCAAAAUGUUGCGUUGAUCGGUGCUUCUCUUGUACAUGUGGAUUCCAAUCUACUAUAUUUAAACGAGAGUGAUGAACCCGUGGAAGCAAACUUCACGUUUCCUCUGGAUACCAGCAACGCUGUGUACCGAUUUCAAGCAGAAAUCGAUGGACGAGUGAUCGUUGCAGAAUGUCAAGAAAAAUCAGAGGCUCGCGAUACCUACCAACAGGCUGUUGAAAGUGGACACACAGCUUUAUUGCUGGAGGAGCACGAUGAUACGAACGAUGUGUUCGUGUGUCGUGUCGGUAACCUGCCACCUAAGGAAAGAGCUUUAUUGAAGAUAUGUUAUGUGUCUGAACUCCCGCAUGACCCAAGUGGAGCUCUUAGGUUCACACUUCCGACCGUGCUGAAUCCACGGUAUGGAGUCGAAAGCGAUACAGGACCGGUGAACACAAGUACAGAUGUCGUCUGCGUCAACCCCGGAAGUUACGAAAUGAAUUUAGACAUCACCGUUCAGAGCCAGCACACUAUCUUGAGCAUCGUUUCGGAGAAAGACCAAUUACAACUUUCCCCCAGCAAUGACCAACACGUGUGGAAAGCAAGUGUCAAGUUCGGUCAAGGAACCAAAGUUGAUCAUGAUGUUUCUGUCUUGAUCACGUACAAGGAUAUGCACCAACCGCAAGCGAUAGUAGAACGAGGGGUCAAAGAUCAAGGCAAAGGAAUGCUCAGCUUGGACGUGUUGAUGCUCAGUUUUUAUCCAGAGAUUGAUCCAAAGUUUACAACAACGCACGCAGAACUUAUCUUCAUAGUUGACCGCUCAGGCAGUAUGGAAUGGCAUGAUAAUAUUGGCAAUGCUCGGGAUACCCUUCUCCUGAUGAUCAAAAGUCUACCUGUUGGAUGUUUCUUUAAUGUUUAUAGCUUUGGAAACAACUUUAGCAUCUUAUUUGACAAGAAUUUAGCCAGCAGUGUGGAAUAUAACGAGGAAAACAUGAACUACGCCUUAGAUUAUGUACAGAAGAUGAAGGCAGAUAUGGGUGGUACAGAAAUUUUGAAACCACUUCAGGAUAUGUAUUCGAAACCCGGCCUUCCCGGCUACCCCCGACAGGUGAUCCUUCUGACGGAUGGACAAGUUUGGAAUAUUUCUGACGUUCUGGAGAUUGUCCGUAAAAACAACCACACCACAAGGAUGUUCUCUGUUGGAAUCGGUGAUGGUGCAUCUACAGCCCUGGUGAAAGGACUAGCAAGAGCCGGGAAAGGACGUGCUGAGUUUGUUAAGGGAACUGACAGAUUGCAAACAAAGGUAGUGUCACUUCUAAAGAGUGCCAUGCAGGCAGCCGUUACCAACGUGCAAAUGGAACUAGAGCUUCCGCCGGACGUUAUUGGAACGAUUGUCCCACAUGAUUGUCAGUCGAUAUUUAGCGGAGAGGAGCUGAUUAUGUACGCUGUGUUAAAAGGAUCCGAGUCUAUGGACUGGACAUACGGGAAUAUUGUUUUACGAGGCAACAUCGAAAACCACACAUUUGAGCACAAACUAGCUUUCCGGGGACAACACCAGGAGCAAAAUGUGGAUACAUCGCUUCCGGUUCACAGGCUUGCAGCCAAAGCUCUCAUACAGGAACUUGAGGAUGAGGAAUCGGCACCAGCAAACGCUAACAACAAAAAGAAGAUCAUACUCGCAAGCAUAGCAACAAAUGUCAUGUCCAAGUACACAUCCUUCGUCGGGGUCGACAAGCUCAGCAAGGUUCUUCAACCCUCACAUAGUUAUGUUAAAAAAAACCCAGUCGCCGUCGGAAUGUUUGGUGCUAGAGGUGGGACAAGCAAUCUUCAAACAUUUUGUGGAAGUAUGAAUAAUACCCAGUUAUUAGGAAUUGGUAUGAACAUGUUCAGCGCAAGACCAGGAGGUAUGUUCUGUGCAAAGAAAGUUAUGGGAACUUUCGGGGCAGCAUCGGACCGACAUUCACAAAUGGGUGGUUUAGGUGAAGGUAACACAUUUGGGGGUCAGUCAGUGAAUCCGUUUCCAGCGCCCACAACAUUUGGAUUUGGAGGAGGACCUGAACAAGCAGCAAAUAUGUUUGGAGCAAAACCUCUCCCGCCGACCUCUGUUCCACAGAAGACAAAACUAAUCCUUUUACAGGGGUUUGAUGGGUCAUGGACACUUAAUGAGGAACUAGCAUCCUUCCUGAAGACAACAUGCGCGAAUCUCCAGCAAAUCGCACCAAUUCAGAACUACAACGUAUGGGCGACCUGUUUAGCACUGGCCUGGCUGCAUCUGAAUGAAUCGCUCAAUAAAGACGAAUGGGUGUUGAUCGAGAGUAAGGCUCUCCAGUGGCUAAAAUGUCAGGGCUUAACCGACGAUGACGUCAAUAAUGUGUUUACAUUUGCACAACACCAAAUGAAAAACUUUUAAUUGAAGGUUAGCCAUGAAAAAAUACUCCAUUGACCAAAUACACGAUUCGAAAGCUAAGACGUUCAAUGAUUUAAAGUUCACUGUCUUUAAAAUAAAAUCCGCAACGGUCGUUUUGUUUGCACGUAGGAGCGAAAGAUGACAGAUAUUUGGGCUAUAUUUUAGCGAUUCUUAUUUAAUGAUUAUUGACAGAGUCUAUGAAAGGUUGCCAUUUCUAUACAUGCCAUAGUAAAUUUUGUAAAAAUCAGUUCCAGUUCACAAAAAUCCUUUCCUGGUAUAUUUAUCAAUUGUAUCGUUUUAUCAAUAACUGUUAUAAUUCAUUCAUGUAGUAUAAUGAUUCAAUCUCUCAGAUAUGAUAUUAAUCAUAUGGAAUUCAUUUUGUCAACAAAAAAUCAUCAACUGCGGAAUUUUUUUAUUCUCCAAUAGUUUUUUUUUAUUCUAAAACUUCAAAUUUCAUAUAUUUAUAAUGCAAUCAUCUUAAAACUAUCGAUGUCUAAAGUACUAUUUUCAAAGGUAAUGAAUGUUUUUCACACGAAAACAUCGCUGUGCGUGGAUUAUCCGUACACGUUGGUGUAUGAUGAACAGAUUGAAAUAAACAGAUUGAUGCUGAUUUAUUCAGCUCCAGCAUGCACGAACACACUGAAGUACACAUGUCAGAUAUGUGUUUCUGUACGUGCGUGCGUGUCGGUGUGUGCGCAUGAAAGGGUAUGUUACACUAUCAUUGCAGAAAAAAUGUUCAUUCGAUUCUUUGAAUACCAUUUCCUAAAUCGAGUAAUCGAGUUAUGUAUUCACGUUAUCUGGAGACUAUACGAGUAAAUAUGUCUCCAUUUUCACAUCAACCUUUUGAUUUAAUCAAUAUCAUGAUGAAACUAGAAUUAAUGUAUAUAUAUUGAAGACUUUUAGAAAUCCCAAUAUCAAUAUUGAGGAAUUGUGUUACAGGCAUCAUCUUGUGUAAAUAGUUAUUAAUUGUCCUGUGAAAAUCACCUGUGUAUCACGUAAGUGAGUAGUAGAACAAGUUCUUCAGGUUGUUAAGUAUAUCUAUGAUAUCUAAAUGUGUUAUUUGGAUAACUUCUUUAUCACGUUGAUCAGUAGAAAGAACAAUGUUUAGCGCAUAAGCAAUGAUGUAUAAUGCCCAAAACGGCAAUGAAUCAACAUGUAUAUACCAUAAUCAUUUGUGCACUAAGAUCUUAUUAGUGAUAAUAACAUAGCAGAAAUUAUUAGAAUUGGUCAAUUGUUGGAAACACUGAACUAUCGAUUUGGGGAGUUUUUUUUAUAUUACCCAAUGACAUAAGCGUGUUUUUGGGAUAAGCAUGUUGGACUAUUUGCUUGUUGUGAGCAACAAUCAAACACAUAUUGGCCCUUUGCUCAGCUUGCUGAGAAACACACACUGUCAUGAGGAAGCAGAAAUAUUACAUCUUUGUCUAUACGAAUUAAGGGAUAUAUCUUGGUUUCGUUGUUAUUCUCAUUAUUACGUAAUAAAAUAAACCCAUAUGAAUAUACAGAAUUGAUAUUGCAUUCAGUAAAUGGAGUGCGACAAUAAUGUAUAUAUAUAAAAUUACACAUUGCAUGUUGAAAAUGAUAAAUUCGUUACGUAAGACGCUUAUGAACAUAUGUGUAUUUUUCGUCUUAUAAUUGUAACAUUUUCAAACCUUAUGGUAAAUUAACAA